AUGGGGAUUGUUUCCAAUUAUUUAGAAAGGAAAAAAAGGUUUGAUGGCUGGAUUGCUUUCUUGACUCGAUCUACAGGGGAUUUUAUGCAUGGAGUAGGGGAGGAGGUGUACUACUUCACUCCCAGGCAUAGGGCGAGCGCCAACGGGAGUGUGUGUAGGGCGAACCGCAAUACUGGGGAGGGCUUCUGGCAUGGCAAUGCUCGGGGCCAGCUCAUCUUCAAGGAUGGCUUCUCCGAGGUGAUCAGGCAUAAGUCGUCCCUUGUCUUCAAGUUCAGAGACAGCCAGCGGAAGAGACUGCACCCUAACUGGAUCAUGCACGAGUACCUCCUCCACUCUCCUGAUGGCAAGAAUUUUCUAGCACUAAUUGGUAGGAUCUUUCUUUCAGAAGAUGGCUCUAUGCAGAAUUUAUCCCAAGGGGAACAGCAAAGAAGCUGCAGCAGUGAUGGUGUUGUGAAUGAGACUACUGCUUGGACGGAGCAAAAGAUUGCAUCUCAGUUGGUGCCACUGCCAGGAGUACUUGUCGAUGACCGCUCCACUAGCACCACUAUCCCCGCUUUCACUUCUCGCGAUGCUGGCUUCAUCGAUUCUAACAUCUUGAACUGGGUCGACAACGUGAUCUUAGCACCACCAUCUUCUCCUACAUCAGUUUCUUCUGGCAACCAACCUAUGGAGGUGCCACCACCAGGAGUACUGGACCCUAAUAGUAGUACCCCUUCCACUUCUGGUGAUGCUGGCUUCAACGACUCUGACAUCUUGAGCUGGGUGGACAACGUGAUCUUAGCAACACCAUCUUUUCCUACACCAGUUCCUUCUGGUAGCCAACCUAUGGAGGUGCCACCGCCAGGAGUACCUGUGGAUGAUCGCUCCACCGGCACCACUGUCCCCCCUUCCACUUCUGGCAAUGCUAGCUUACAACGUGUUCUUAACACUACCAUCUUCUCCUACAUCAAUUUCUUUUGGCAACCAACCUAUGGAGGUGCCUAUGUCAUCGAAUGGUGGAAACCUUAG